AGUUCUUAUUUAUAAAACGGCGGCAAAAUUAAUUGAUUGUAGCACACCGCCUUAUGCGAGGGAGCAAAAUAUAUAUUUUCUGUGCAUAAAUCGGCAUAACAUCCUUGAAAGCAAAACUUUAAAAACGUUUUUAAUAGUUUGUAUAUAGAAAGUGUUAAUUUGGUAAAAAGCGAAGCAGCUUAAGAACAAAUCUCUCAAAAUUUAUACGGUUUUCUCAGCAGGGAAACGUAAAUUUGGAAUUGGCAGCAGUCUUUCAUUUGUCUCACUUUUACAAUUUAACUAAUAUUAUUUGAAUAACAAAAUUUCUAAAGCUAAAUGUAAACAUGAAGUGUGAAUUGUGCGAUUCGGAACGUUGCAAUACCAUUGAGUACGGAGAAUUCCUUACAAAAAAUGGAAAAGGUGUGCAUACGAACUGUCUGUAUUUGUCUUCGGGCUUAAGGCAAGCUGGUCGCCAAAAUGAGGGCUUUCUUGGAUUCCUACUCAAGGAUAUUGCAGCAGAGCGAGCUCGCGUCUCUAAAAUUCAAUGUUACUAUUGCGGAAAAAUGAGAGCCAAUAUUGGUUGUUGCGAAAGUCGUUGUCACCGUAGCUUCCAUAUGAUUUGUGGCAUCGAAUGUGGCGCUAUGAACCAAUUUCUACACACCUUCCGCUCCUUUUGUAACCGUCAUGUACGGAAAGUGCAAGCUCGCCCAAAACCAGAUGAUAAAUGCUGUAUUUGCUAUGAAAACAUCUUCAAUGAAAGCGAACGCUUUAGGGCUGUUAAAAUGAUUCGUGCACCAUGCUGUCGGAAUGGUUGGUUUCAUAAAAUUUGUUUGCAAAAAUUUGCUAAAAGUGCUGGGUAUUUCUUCAAAUGCCCCCUCUGCAAUGACUUGCAGAAAUUUAGAGAGAGGAUGUCUAGUUGGGGUAUUUUCGUUCAAGACAAAGAUGCCGAAUGGGAGAUGGUACCCAAUGCGUAUGCCGAACUGCUUGAGAGGCCAGGUGUAUGCGGCGCGAAGAUUUGUAAUAAUGCGGACGGCCGCAGUCAAUGCAAUGACUUAAACCCAUUCCUUUACUGUUCAACAUGUGGGUCUGUUGCGCUACACCGGCGUUGUGUACCACAAGGUAGAAGCAAAUUUGAAUGUGACAACUGCAAGCAAGUCUUGAAGACUGAUAGUGGGAGUGAAAGUAUAAGUUCAAAACAACAGCAUUCAGGUGAAGUGAAUGGGCAUACAACAGAUGGGGUCGAAGAUGAAAACUCCGAUGUGGAUGUUUGCGACGAUACUGAUAAAGAAAUAAGCUGCAAUAACCAAGAAGACUCUGAUGAUGAGGACAUCGGACGACCCAAUAUUAAACAGAGAACCGCAUUACAAAUAACGAGUGAAGCCGAAGAAUCAACUGUAGAUGAUGUUGAAGACCUGGUAAUAAUGGGAAGCAGUCGCAGAAUGCCAGCAAAUAAACGAGAUAUAAUCGAUCAAGACAGUGAAAGUGAUAGCGAUUUUUCGAGCUGCAAAGAUAAGCAACUGAGCUAUAGUGGUGAUGAGGCUGACUGCAGUGAGAACGAAGGGCUGGUAGACAGUUUUGUGCAGCAACAAAAAACGCCAAACUCGCGUUAUCAUAAAACGGAUAUAGGGGAUACAAAUAUUAUAUCGAGUAGAAGAACCACACGACGCAUCAAGAUGAGGUCCAAUAAAACAACACAAAGUGGAGAAGGAGUUAGCGCUCUGAAUGUAUCUUGUAUUGGACAACGAACUCGUCGUAGGUCCACUGCAAUGCGCUUAACUCCACUGAACGAGGAAUUUACUACUGAUGAUGUCAGCUCGACAAGUUCAUAUCAAUCUCUUAAAUCCACUCAGGUAUUUCAAUACGACGAUGAGCAUAACUCUAAUGACGAGACGGCGAGUAUAAAUGAGGAAAGAAUACCCAGUAUAGAAUCUACAAUAUUAAGUACCACGAAUUGUACGCAAAGUGACGGUGACGAAGAAAAUCAUAAUGGCACAAAUGUAGACCGUGGCGUGCUGGAUUACUUCUAUACACUUUUGCGCGAAGUAAAACAAAGCAAAAGCAUGGAUCAUCUGAAUACUGCGAGUGCGGACGAUGAAGAAGUUGAUAUUGAAGUUAAGGGAAUAGUUGAUAUGAAUGUUAAAGAAAGACAAGGGAAUAACAGAAGUGUUCGACACAAAUUGGAUAAAAAAGACACUCACAAACAUUUCGAAAGUAACGAAGCAAAUUCCUUAAACAUAAGUUGCAUAGCUAACCGCACGCGCCGCCGCUCUUGGCCCAAUAUGGAAAGCACACAAAAUCAGCCACUAUUUGUUGAUCAUGCAGAAGUCGCACCCGAUAAUACAUUUACUAUUAUUUCUGGUAGUUCAAGCCAAUCAUCUCAAAGCCAAGAGGUAUACGUUAGUGAAAAAAGCAAAGUGCGCGAUGGGUUAAAAAGUAAAUGCAAAGCAGAUCGUACACGUCGCUUUUGCAGUAAAGUUAAUACCAUGGAAACCACUAACGAAUUGGAUGUUGAUGGGGAGGAGCAAAACAAAAACGAAAACAUAACGGAUGUGUCUUGCAUAGCGAAGCGCACUCGUAAAUCUUUUUCGCUCAAACGCACAUCUCAUAAUGGCAUAGUCAGCGAUAGCAGUGUAACGGAUCACACAAACGAUAUAGCCAAAACUAGCAACUCUACUACUAGUUCGACUGAAUCGUUUAAAUCUUCUACAUUUUUUGGUCGUACUUUUGAAUACCGAAAUGGGAGCGAGGCAAGCUGUAAAGAAACCGCAAAACGGCGGAAACGUUUAAAUACAAUUACUGAUGAAGUUGCAGUAAAGCAAAGUGCCAAACUGGCACAGAAACGGAGAAGCACUUGUGAUACACCCAAGGCAUCAAAAAUUCCUGCACUAAGUGAUGCUGAAAGUGAGUCUGAAAAUAAGAAUAUAUUCGAACUGAGUUGUAUAGCAAAUAGAACGCGCCGAAUGUCAGCCGACAGGAAAAAUGGCAAACAAAUUACUGGUGGAAGUAAAAAUAAAGAAGCUGAUAACGCACAAGCUGCUCACAUAACCUCAAAGCUAUUCAAUGACUCGCCUCAUCAUUAUAAAUCGAAUGAUAUUAUCACCAUUACAUCACCAUCGGCUAACUCAUCAGCAUCUAUCGUUAUAUCAUCGGGCUCCAAGCGUGGUCAACGCAUACGCAUGCGUCCACGUCGUUUUCUUUAUAGUGACGACGAUUGGGACAGUGUUAAAUCAAAUAUUCUAGACUCGCCAAUACCUAAAAUGGUAAGCUAUUCAAAUAUAAUGGAAAUGAAUGAUGCUUACAUAAUGCCAAAAUAUGUGCGUGUCAAUGGAAAACUGAAAAGGGUUCCAACAGAAACUCUUCCGCAGCAGCAAAAACUUGACGCUAAAACGCAUUUCGCCCGAAGCUAUAAUCUACUUUUACAUACCACAAAUGAUAAUCACCACACCAGCACCAGCAGCACUUAGUCGCACAGACAACUGUUGUAGUCAACAUGCAUUUCUCAACAAUUUCAACUUUAACGCCCUUGCCCUCACGUAGACCCAUUGCUUGCAAUAUUGUGAAUCCAUCCCAUAUAAUCAUUGUUUACUUGGUAGUAGAUUAUUAUUAGGUUUUAAUUAAGUUUGCUUGUAUGCCAUCUAUCAGAAGGUUAAAGGUCUGUUCGUUUGUUGUUUAUGAUUGAAAUUUUGAAUUUGAAAAAUUUGAAAUUUUUUUUUGGUUUGUUAACAAAUAGCUGUGGAUGAGCGCAAAUGUCAAUUUUUUGUUUAACAAAAUGGUGCGUUGCUAGUCAACCUACGAACCAAGGCGCAUUCAUUAAAGGUGAACAAACAACAACAAUGCUUUGUACGUUUGCUUGUCAGCGCAAAGUAUUGGCAAAGUGGAAAACAAAGAAUGCAUUCGCCUAGUCUCAUUCUGUGCUGACAGUCACAUGGACACGGUGAAAAAAAACAAAUCAGCUGAUUUACCCAGACCACCCAAGAAUGCUAGAAUAUACGAUUGCGUCUUCCCCAUGCGCCGCGUCGUAAGAGUCCACCAUAUAUGUAUGGUGAAUGUUUAUGCUGCUACAACAACAACAACCAAACACAAGAAAUUAUACGCGGCGUCUUCUGCAUAAAAACGCAGAAAACUACAUUUGGAGGCUUUAUAUUCAUUUGUGCUUUAACAAUUUAACACGCGACUCUUCGUUUGCAUUAGUUUGUUUAGUUUUAAUCUCACAAAUUACAAUAUUACCAAGCCAUUCACUGAAUUUUCACAAACAUGUAAUUUCUCCCACUUUUGUUUGUUUUGUAUUGCGAAGGGAGCUGACGUCAGACUAAGGUAACUGUUUUUAAUGGCGCCACCUCCAGUACUCAAUUCGCCUUGGAUACCACCUUUAAUAGAUUCGCCUUGUUACGAACAUAUUUUUGUGAAUGUUGUGUACGCCAGGAAGCGGAAGAAAGAGAGCGAAUUAUUUUUUUUAAAUGUUUAAUGUUUUGGGUUUUUAACCUGGAAAUCAGCAAACAUACAGAAUUUACGUUUAAGUUUGGAUUUAAGAUUCAUAUAUUUACUUUCUAAUUGCAUUUCAAAAUCUUGGAACGAAAACUUACUCGAUUUCGUUUAUGAAAAUCUUCAGAGCAAAGAAGUUGCGAGGUUUUACAAUCUUUUCAUGAAUGAUUGUGCCAAAAUGCACUAUUGUAAGCAAAUCAUUACUCAAAUGUAGAAAGGA